AUGGCUAGAUUAGCCGAUACACUGACAGAAGCUGGGCAUAAUGUUACAUUUUUCACACCAAUUAUGGACGAAUCGAGAAGAAAUCAAUUGGGAGUCAAGUUGACAAAAGAUGUCAUCAAACUGGAGCAAGAUGAAACAAUGAAAAAGAGAAAAGUUACGAUUGACAACGUGAUGUCACUGUUCUGGACGAUGGAUGUAACUUCAGAAAACGGUCAUCGUUGUCUGGAAACUAUUCAUCAACAAGCUGUUCUCACAUGCGAUAAUAUGUUCAGAAAUAAGGAAUUAAUCGAAAAACUGAGAUCAAAAGAUUAUGAUGUGGGACUAGCAGAACCUCUGAUGACGUGUGGAUUGGCUUUGUUUAGACAUCUUGGAAUUGAUAAAGUGGUUUUAACCAACUCCUGUGUCAACUAUGAUGUGAUGAUUCCAGCUACUGGAGAGCCAGAAGACACCAGUUACUUGCCUUCGAUGAACUCACAAGUUACGGAUAAAAUGACUUUUGCUGAACGCCUUGAGAACUACAAUCUAUUCUAUUUAAUGUAUGACACUUUUGGAAAAAUGUUCGAUGACGAGACCAAAAUGUACCGUAGUCACUUGGGAGAAGAGUUUCCGAAUUGGAGAGAACUCGUCGCCGAUGCUUCACUUCAUUUCAUAAAUGCCAUUCCAUCGAUUGAUUUUCCCCGUCCAUCUCUACCAAAAACCAUUGCAAUCGGUGGUAUUUCAAUUGAUGUUGAACAAAUUGACGCCAUAGAAAACACAGAAGAUUCAGAGUUCUCUGAAAUUCUCGAUCGACGACCAAAAAAUAUGCUCAUCUCGUUCGGAACCCUCGCUAGAUCUUCAGAUAUGCCAGAGCACUUCAAGAAUAACUUGAUUCAGGUUUUCAAAUCAGAACCCAACUGCACAUUUAUCUGGAAAUAUGAGACUGAUGACGUGUCUUUUGCAGAUGGAGUGGAUAACGUUGUGUUUGUAAAAUGGCUCCCACAGAAGGCUCUUCUCAAAGACAAAAGAAUGACAGCAUUUUUGACACAUGGAGGAUUGGGAAGUACGACUGAAGCAGCAUUUCUUGCGAUUCCAACAAUUAUGUUCCCAAUAUUUGCCGAUCAAUCUCGUAACAGUAAUAUGUUGGGUCGUCAUGGAAUGUCAAUUGUUCUUCAUAAAAGAGAUCUUGGAAAUUUCCAGAAACUUCGAAACUCGUUUCAUGAAAUUUUGAACAACGAAAAAUAUCGAUUGAAUGCUAAAAAAGUGUCAGAAAUGGUCAGAAAUCAACCGUUGAAUCCGAAGGAAUUGGUUGUUAAAUAUAUUGAAUUCGUUGGAAAAUACGGACCCUUCCCUCUCAUGUCACCGUACAGUCUGAAAAUGCCGUAUUAUCAAAGAUACAAUUAUGAUAUUUAUGCCUUCAAAACUGUACUUUUCCUUGUUCCAGUUCUACUUAUUUGUAUUGUUUUCAAGUUAGUAAUCUCCUAUUUCCAAGUUACAAUUGUAUCGAAAGAUACGAAAGGAAAAAUGGAGUGA